AUGCACAAGUGUAAGUUCAAAGCACUGAAUAGCAAAAUACGAACGAGGCUUCCUGCAUUUGCUGACGAGAGUGACGCCAAUUUGUCCAACGUCAGCAGUACAAGUGCAUUCUCAGAAUUCAACAUUGUGCGUGGCGUGAGUGAGAGCUGUCCUUGUGUGAAAGCGAAAGUUUUCUUUAUUCAACAGCAGAAGGUUAUACAAGAGGUUAUACUGAAAGGGAUCGUGCUGCUCUUGGUGGCCGCCGCUGCAGGCCAGCAGAAACGCGAGGCUGAACCUGCCGGCGGAUACGGACACGGGAUCGGCCAUGGCUUUGGCUUAGGCUUCGGCAUUGGCCACGGUCAUGGCAUUGGCCACGGUCACGGCAUUGGCCACGGUCACGGCAUUGGUCAUGGAUUUGGCAUCGGCCACGGCCACGGAAUUGGCUUUGGUCAUGGGCACGGUCAUCAUGGGCAUGGGCAUGGGCAUACAGUCGUUACUGAAGUAGUCCAUGGUGGUUAUGGCCAUGGUCAUGGAAUCGGAUUUGGACACGGCAUUGGCCAUGGCUUUGGUCAUGGACAUGGAAUCGGCUUUGGGCAUGGGCACGGCAUCGGCUUUGGACAUGGUCACGGCUUUGGUCACGGAAUCGGACUUGGCCACGGUUUCGGACACGGCUACGGCCACGGCAUCUACAAGCGCGAAGCCAAAGCCGAACCCGAAGCCAAGGCUGACCCGAAGGCAGAACCCGGCUUUUCCCAUGGCUUUGGAGGCCACGGCUUCGGCGGUCAUGGUUUUGGUGGCCAUGGAUUCGGUGGCCAUGGAUUCGGACAUGGUGGCCAUGGAUUUGGACAUGGUGGUUUUGGAUUAGGUCAUGGCUUCGGCCACGGCAUCGGCCAUGGCCACGGUCACACCGUCAGUCAUGAAGUUGUCCAUGUUGGACAUGGCCACGGUCAUGGUCAUGGAAUUGGACACGGCCACGGAUUUGGCCAUGGAAUCGGGUUUGGUCAUGGGUUCGGACAUGGUCAUGGGUAUGGACACGGUCACGACGUGCACAUAAUCGAACACGGCCAUGGAUUCGGUCACGGGAUCGGCCAUGGUUUCGGUCACGGGAUCGGCCAUGGUUUCGGACAUGGGAUUGGCCAUGGCUUCGGUCAUGUUUGUAUGUCAGUAGCUUACUUCGAAGCCUUCAUGGAAACCUGCUCCACAAAGCAAUGCACAAAUCUGAACCAGAUUUUCUUGAAAGAUUCAUCUGAUGAGAAGAUCCUUAUACCGGUCAAAUGUUUUAUUGAUAUUCGUUUGCGUGUCACGAAUAAUGACUACUUUUAUAAGCAGAUUAAUGGUAUCGCGAUUGGAUGUACCCUAAGCCCGGUUCUUGCGAAUUUACACAUUUUAAAGGAGAAUGGGGAGCUUCAGAUCGUGUUGCUCCUGGCGGCCGCCGCGGCGGCGCAGCAGAAACGUGAGGCGGAACCGUCCGGAGGAUACGGACACGGGCUUGGGCACGGCUUCGGUGUAGGCUUUGGCUUGGGCCAUGGACAUGGCUUUGGUCAUGGACACGGAAUUGGUCAUGGCCACGGAUAUUCUGUAACGGUUGUGCAUGGCGGUCAUGGUCACGGACAUGGUUUCGGACAUGGCCAUGGUUUCGGACAUGGACAUGGUUUCGGACACGGCCAUGGUUUCGGACAUGGUCAUGGUUUCGGACACGGCCAUGGUUUUGGACAUGGUCAUGGUUUCGGACACGGCCAUGGCCAUAGUGUUGUACAUCAUCACGGUUCUGGGCAUGGGCAUGGAAUCGGAUUUGGCCACGGUUUCGGCCACGGCUACGGCCACGGCAUCUACAAGCGCGAAGCCAAAGCCGAACCCGAAGCCAAGGCCGACCCGAAGGCAGAACCCGGCUUUGCCCAUGGCUUUGGAGGCCACGGCUUCGGCGGUCAUGGUUUCGGUGGCCAUGGAUUCGGACAUGGCGGUUUUGGAUUAAGUCAUGGCUUCGGCCACGGAUUCGGUCACGGCAUUGGCCAUGGCUACGGUCAUGCUGUCAGCCAUGAAGUUGUCCAUGUUGGACAUGGCCAAGGUCAUGGUUUUGGUCACGGUCUUGGUCAUGGAAUCGGCUUUGGCCACGGUUUUGGACAUGGCCAUGGACAUGGGUCUGGUCACGGUCUUGGUCAUGGAAUCGGCUUUGGCCACGGUCUUGGACAUGGAUAUGGACAUGACGUACACAUUGUAGAACACGGAAUCGGACAUGGUUUUGGCCACGGACACGGUCUUGGUUUUGGCCAUGGGAUUGGCCAUGGGUUUGGAGGCUACGGGCACCACUAG